CUUGUGCUCUCUGAGAUGACUCAUUUUGGGGUGGGGUUGUCUCUAGAGGAGAAUUUGCCUGUGCUGGGGCUUGGAAUGCCACGGGUUUGGGUCUGUGGGGAUCUCCUGUUAGUCCCCCCUUGGACACACCAAGCUCCGGCUUUGUCCAGCCCAGGACCAAUGCCAGCCCCACCCCAGAGCGGCCCAUAGAUGAGACAAAUUCUUGGAGUCUCAGCCCAGAGAGUCCAGAGGCUGGAUGGGUACCCUGCUGCCCCCCAAGUGGGGAGGGGAGGGUACAUCAGCAGGUGACGAUGUGCUUGUUGAGAUGCAUUGUCCUCUGAAGUCUUGAAAGGCCAGUUUAGGAACAUGCCUGAUCAUUGCAGAACAUUCUCCUCCUGCUUCACCCCAUCUGCCUCUUCUUCUGCCCCCGCCCCCCAGUUCUGUGCCUGUAUGCUCCAAGGGGGCGGGGUCCUAAUUCUUUGGCCUGGUCUGGUGGUAGCCCGUAUCUGAGGGUUGGAUGUGGGGCAUCUGUGGGCUUCUCACUUGGCUGCUGCUUCUGCUUUCCUUCCCAACUAAUGCCAAUGGAAGCUUUUCUUUCCCAGGUGCCCCUGCGGCCCCAUCACUGUCCCUGAACCCCCAGAAGCAGGAGUACCUCCCCGGAGACACUGUUGAAAUCAAGUGCUCUGCUCCUCCUUCGGUGGAUAGAGUUGAAGGAUUCCAGUACUACAGCAAUAUUGGAAAGGCCAUCUCAGUCCCAGCUUCAUCCAGGAGAAGCCACACUUACAGCAUAAACCUCGCAGGGCCUAAGGAUGAGGGGUCGUACCAGUGCGACUACUGGAUAGGCCAAGCCGGUGCUUGGAAAAGGUCCAGCAGGAGCGAUGCUGUCCUCAUCAGAGUAAAAGACUUCCCUCCCUGGCCGGCGCUGAGUGUGGAUCCUCCAUCCGGAGUGGUGAGCAAAGGGCUCCCCCUGAUCAUCACUUGCAUGGCCCCCAGCAGUGCUGGCGAGCGGAGGUUUCACUUCUACAAGGAAGGAGCUGAGCUCGUCGCCGGGGAUGUGGGGUCUGAGGUCAGCACAGCAGAGACCAGGACUGGCUCUAUGACGCUCAGCAUCCCGCAAGCUGGUCCCAGCAGCACCGGGGAAUUCACCUGUGCGUACGAGGAGAACAUGAGCGGGAGGUGGAUUCUGUCCCUAAGAAGCUUGGCUGUGAAUGUUACCGUGACAGCCCACGGCCAUUACUGGGUCCGGGACCUCGUUGUGGGUGGGUCGUUCUUCACCAUUAAUGGCCUCAUCUUCCUCAUCUCCCACCUCUGCAUGAAGGGCAAAGGUUCCAAGGAGGCGCACACAGGCAGCUCAGACCCAUCUCAAUCAGAUUACUACUCAGUUCCGAUUCAGCUGGUCACUGGUCAGUCUGGUCAUUCUGUGACCGCCAAGGCAAACCACAUCUCCAGCCCCAUGCCCCAGCCCCAUAGGAAUGACUACAUGGAGGAGAUCUGAAGGCUCAGAUACUGACUGUGAAUAUUCCUCCCCUGCUCACAGAUGGCUGGCCAGCUCCACAGCUCAGCUGGGUUCAGGGGAGACUGUUCUGCUCCUGAAAUACUACAGACAAACUGUGUGUCACUUUCUCUGCUGCAAAAUUGGGAGAAACCAGAUGGGCAUGUUUUGAGGAAAGAAAGAAAGAAAGAUUAUAUUCUCAUUUCUCCUCAGAUAUUCCUUCUCUAUGUAUAUUCAAAGCUGUAUGAAUCCGUGUAAAUCCCCCCAUCUCCAGCUUUUAAUUAGACCUUUUUUUUUAGCCCC